AUGGUGAUGAUCAGAUCUAAAAAGCUCUACGCGUAUCUACGCCGUAGCGUUCGUAGGACUGACUUAGCAACUCUGUUACAGGGAAAUGAUGGGAGGUGCGGUGAAGGGAGCCCUUGCGAGCAGCUGUGCCGGGAGCUACACGAUGGCACCUACGAGUGCGGCUGCGGUCCAGGGUUCGUUCUGCACGUGGAUGGCUACGGAUGCCUCGAGAUCAACGCGACGAAAUCGACGGAAGCGUCGUCUGGCACCCAACUGGACGUGCUGUACCAAAAGGACGUCUCCUUCUCGGCCGAGCUAGAAGUAGCGCCGUCCAGUAGAGUUAGUAAGACUGUCGUAAGCGAGAAGCAUUCAGAAGAGACGGGCAAGAGGCGGGCGACGACCGCCGCCUCCGUUCCGAACGCCACUAAAGCAGACUACACUUACACGGCGGAGAGGUCGAAAGAGAUCGAUGGGCUCAAGAGUUUGAUGGAAGACGGCGUCAGCAAAGUCGAUCUUAACAUCAUCAGUGACGAGGAAUUGAAGGGAGAAGGCUUAGAAGCGAGAACCCAGAAAGUCACCACACUCGGCCCCAGCUUAGAGCAGAAGGUCCCAGAAGCGACGGUGUCGCCCCCGUGGACUGCUGCGGUGGACAAUUGCAACUGCGACUCAUGCCACGGCGCUCGCUGCUCCUGCCCAUUGACAGCUAAGUGCAAACCGGACAUGCAGGUGUCUACGCCGCGCUUCUCAGGCGCUUCCUGGCUGGCGCUACGGGCCCUACGCGGCGCCUACAAGAGGGUCCGCUUAAGGGUUCGCGUGAGGCCCGAACGAGCCCGCGGGGUGGUGCUACUUACGGGGGAGCAUGAUGACCUCACUGGCGACUACCUCGCCCUGCUGUUGAGAGGGGGCCACGUCGAGCUAAGGUUCGACUGUGGCAGCGGGGCGGGCGUGCUGCGCUCCCCGGAGCCCGUCCGCCUGGGCAGGUGGAACACCAUAUCCGUGUACCGCCACCGCUGGGACGCGUGGCUCCGUCUCAACGCCGGCAAGAGGGUUCGGGGUCGAUCCAAGGGUCUAUUCUCCCGGAUGACCUUCCGUGAACCGGUGUGGGUCGGGGGCGCUGGCAACACCACCGGCCUCCAGAGCAAGCUGAGCCUGUCCGAGGGUCUUCUCGGUUGCGUCGACUUCCUCAGGAUCAACGGUGACACCUACAGCCUGAUGAAGGAUGCCGUCUCCACUCAGGACAUCACGGAGUGCGCGCCGACGCUGGCGCCGUGGAAGCCCUUCCCAGGGGCUGCCAGUGAGCCGGUCUCUCGCAGCCGUCCAGACGACAGCUUCCACGCCAUCUACGACAUAAACGACAUAGUGCACUUCGAGGACAACGACCUCGUCAUGCGAGACGGCAAGCUUACCGACGAGCAGAACAAGCUGGACAACUCUUUGGACCUGUUCAAGCCUCUCCAGGAUUACGGAUUGGGGGGGCUCGAGGCUCGAUAUGAUAGGGAUGAUCUGGACGUGGGCUUGAAAACCGUUGACCGGAUCACGGAUGUGAUCUGCAAAUGCGAGCACGGCGGCGGCUGCGUCGGGAGCGUCUGCCUGUGCCCUUUGGGCUAUGCGGGCGUGAGGUGCGAGAUCACGCUGGACUUGAAGGUCCCCCGUUUCAAUGGCUCCUCAUAUCUGCGGUUGCCCAGCCUCGGGAACUCGGCGCAGGCGUGGCUGGACAUACAGAUAACUCUGAAACCGACCAGUGGUGACGGGUUGCUGCUUUACAACUCGGAACGCGCGAGCGGCGAUGGGGACUUCUUCUCGCUGCACCUAAGAGACUAUUUCGUCGAAUUCGCCUUCGACCUGGGAUCGGGCAUCGCUCUUGUGAGGUCGGCGUAUCCCUUAGAGCACAACGCUUGGCACAAGGUCACCGUCAGCAGAUCAGGGCGGCGGGCGUCCCUGCGCGUGCGGCCAACCAGUGACGUCAUAACGACGACGCAUUCAGGAGCGACCGCCCGCGAGGUCACUGACACCACGCGCUCGGUGACGUCACACGGCGCCGCCAGACGCCUCACCCUCAAGCAGCCAAUGUUCCUGGGCGGGGCGCCCCAUCCGCUACCACCAAGACUCGCCCUCAAGUCCUCCUUCAGUGGAUGCGUUGCACAGCUUGUGAUCAACGACGAAGAGCUGUCGGUGGUUUCGUCAGCACUCGGCGGCGUCAACGUGGAUAACUGCGAGGACCCUAAAAACAACUCCUGUUUGGACAAGAACCUGUGCAAGGAGUCCUUACAGCCGUCGUACCAACACGCGAACACAUCCGAAAACGAAAUCCACCACUCCAUCGUCGCGAAGAAGGGGAUCAAGCUGAAGUACCACAAGACGAAACCGAAGAAGCGGCCGCAGAGGUACAAGAAGAGGAAACAGUACAUGCAGAACGACGCUCCAGCGAACGAGGUGGUGACGGCGGGCCCGUACGACGGCGGCACUUACAUGCAAGUGAAGUACCUGGACGCCAACGAGAUCAACUGGGGCGACACCAACACCUACCCCAGUUUCAGCGGGAAAGACAGCUUCAUCCACAUAGACGACGAGGAGACGAUAAAGAGGCUGUUGAGCUACAGCCUCGACAUCAACAUCCGGUUCCGGGCGUCGGCCGCCAACGGGCUGCUGGUGUGGAGCGGCCGCGCCUCCUCGGCACCCGGCGACUUCCUAUCGCUGGCCAUCGAGAACUCGGUGUUGGUGUUCAGAUACGACUUGGGGAGUGGGGAGGUUGUGAUCAUAGCGAAUCACACGAAAGUCGACGAUGGACUGUGGCACAGAGCGAGGGCCACCAGGAACCGCCAAGCCGGCGUCUUGGAGGUGGACGGACUUGGCUCCGUUGGGAAAAUAUCGCCGGGCAAGUUAAAACAGCUCAACACUGAAAACGGCCUUUACAUAGGCGGCCUCCCGUCCAUAGAGAUGAACACAAUGGGCAAAUACAAGAGCGGUCUAAUAGGAUGCGUGUCCCAAAUAUCGCUAAGUGGCGACUUCGAUAUACCACUGUCACUGUCCAAGCUGCCACACACUAUUACCAACAACGUGGGCAGGUGCAACCCAAACUUUACGCACCUGUUGAGCGUAUACGAUUCAAGAACCACGCCCGGAGAACCGGUUUUUAGC